CUUUCCUGCAUCCGGGCGUAAGUGGGCUGGCUCCGACUCCUCGCGAGCGGCAUGGAGGUCCAAGGCGAACCCCAGUGCAGCCCGAGCUCUUCCUCGUCCCCCCAGGACGGCUCCGGGGUUUCGGUGUCCCAGGAGCUGCUGACGGCGGGGAGCGGCGGCCGCGGAGGUAUAUGGGACAGAUUGCUCAUCAACCCCAAGCCUAAUUCCAGAAAGAAUUCCAGUCUUCAAACAGUUCGAAUAGAGAGGAGUCCCUUAUUGGACCAGGUACAGACCUUUCUCCCACAGAUGGCUCAGGCGAAUGAAAAGCUAAGAAAAGAAAUGGCAGCUGCACCACCUGGUCAUUUCAAUAUUGAAAAUAUUGAUGAGACUCUUGGAAACAUUAUACAAAUGGACGUGGCCUUGUUUGAGAUGAAUCAGUCUGAUUCAAAAGACGAGGACAGUUCAGAAGAGAAUUCACAGGACAGUUCCGAAUCCGAGGACGAAGAUGACAGCAGCUCUUCUGAAGUCACCGUAGAUAACAUCAAGCUUCCUCAUUCAGAAGACGGAAAAGGCAAGAUAGAAGUCUUGGACAGUCCUGCCAGUAAAAAAAAGAAACAGUGAAAUAAAUGAUCCAAGAAGCAGGUGAUCUACGCCUGCUAAUUCUGUGGAAAAGAAUGUGGCUUGCUGGUGAUUUUGCAUUUCAGGUCGAUGGUGCUUUUAUGUCACAUUGGAUGUGUUUUGUUUCUUGGAGAAACAGAAGCUGACUUUUAAGUAGUUGGAAUAGGUAGCAUUUGGGGAUCUUCUAAGAGAAGUCUGCCUUUGACCUCAUGCUGAAGAGAUUCAGUUUAGAAAGCUUAACUAUUUUGGGUGAUGAGUGAAUUUUUUGGCAUCUUUUUUCUUCAGCAUAGACUUCAGACUUACCAAGUUGUAUUUUAUUUUUAUUUUCUUAUUGAUUUUUUUUUUAGAGAGAGGAAGGGAGAGAGAAACAUUAAUUCGUUGUUCCACUUAUUUACACACUCACUGGUUGAUUCUUAUGUGUGCCCUGACCCGGGAUUGAGCUGGCAACCUUGAUGUAUCAGGACGAUGCUCUAACCAACUGAGCUACCUGCCUAGGGCUUCAGACUUAUUUGAAAUUAAAAAUGUGAGUCACCUGUUCAUUUUAAACUAUCUCAGAUAAAACAACCUAGGUCAGUGGUCGGCAAACUGCUGCUCGCUAGCCACAUGCGGCUCUUUGGCCCCUUGAGUGUGGCCACGAAGUUUUAAUCGCGCUGUACGUGCGCACCCGCAUGUGGUAUUUUGUGGAAGAGCCACACUCAAGGGGCCGCAGUUUGCCAACCACUGACCUAGGUGGAUUUUUUUAUUAUAACAUCAAAUUUAUUUCUUAGCAUCAAAGUGGGGGAGACAUUUUUAAGAGAAAUCCCUUUAUAAUAAAAAGGAUUACCUAGAUUUAGCUGCCCUAAGGCAUAUCUCCUCUUAUUUAAAAAUAUAUUUGUUUCCAGUUUGAGCUGGGAAGCUGGUUCUCUGUGGGUUUAAUCACUGUCGGUACCUCUGCAGCCACUCAAUGGCUAUAAAGUGUACUGGUUGGAAAAAUUCAUGUUUUGUUGUUUUUUUCUUUUUUUCAUAAAGCAAAUUUUUUUCUCAGCUACACAGUUGCUCACGGUUUGAAACCUACCAAAUGUAGAAACUAGGGACACUGCAGGAAAAAAAUGGCACAGAAUAAAAACAGGUAACAGCUGUUUUCUCAUUCAAAGGCAAAAACGGCCCACUGAAGUGGACUUUCUGCUUCAUUCUUGACCUUGUUAAACUGUUUCAGAGCUCAUCAGCCAUGGGGCUGGCUUUGCUGAGAUAUGGGUAUUUUGUCCUCUAAUGUUCUAGAGCUCUCUUUUAAAUAUUUUUCUCUUAUUCCUCACACUAGCCUUGUAAAUACUCUAAAGAUAAUCCCCAAGGUUCUUUCUGGUAUUUCCCAUUGGAAACUGGAACCACAUCUCCCAGACUGUGCCUCGUGGAUGCAGGAAGAGGCUAACAGAUCUGGAAAUAAAACUUCUAAGCUGGAAAGGUUAUUGUGCUAAACAUAGCGCCAAACACACUGUGAUGAAUUAUUAGUGUAAAUAUUUAAAGAUUGUCUUCUACCAGAUAAUUUAUUAUGCUACAUUGUGGGAAGAGUUGCAUUUGCCUGGUUCACUACUUAGCAUGGUGCGAGGUACACAGUAGGCACUGAAUAAAUCAAUUAACAGGUGUAUGAGGACAUUUUAAGCCAUGGUAGGCUGCUCCAGGCAGGGGCAUAUGAAGGUGUAACUUUACAGGAAAUACAUAUCCAAGUAGAAGUAGACUGAAUGAUCAAUAAAAGACUGGUCAGUCUAGAAAUACAUACUAGUAUGUAUAAUUUAGAUAUUUUUCUCCUGCCAUGGCUAUCGCAUAUAAUAGAACUAGGCUUCCUAUACAGUUGGGGAACUUAACUAAAUUCAGGUCCUCUGGACAUUUUUGUGACAGAAGAAAAAGAAAAAAAUUAACAUUUACUAUAUGAUACGGAUGUCAUUUUAAGCAAGUGUAAAAUGUAAUAGUUAUUUAAUGUACAAUGUCAGGACUGGCUAAUUUUAAACAAGGUUAGAUUCUAGCCUCAUACAAUGUGCUAAGAUAAAAUUCUGUAUGGAUUAAAGAUUUAAAUAUAAAGAAAGAAAGUUAUAGGGGUUCCAUACUAAAAUGGAGAAUAUUUAAUAAUGUAAUUGGGCAAAAGCUUUUUUAAAAAGCAGAACAUUAAAGCCCAAAGUUAACAAAAGAAAUAGAAAGUUCAUCCACAUAAAUAUAAAAACCUAGUUGGCAAAUCUAAAGGGCAAGGGACCAAUUGGGAAAAAUAUUUGCAACAUAAGACAGAGUGCCAUUAGUAUAAUCAAGGCUCUUACAAAUUAGUAAAAAAAAUCAAUUUAAUAUCUCAAUAGUGAGACCACCAUAGGACUUAAACAAGUAACAAAAGUGUUCAACCACAUUUAUCAAAGAAAUGCCAAUGAAACCAAGAUUGUAUUUCUUACCUAUCAGCAGAUGAAACAAUAAUACUUACUAAGCCCUUUCUGUGUGUCAACAACUAUUUUUUUUUUUUUUUUACUUUUAAGAGUUACCGUCAUUCAUAUGUAUGUAAGGAUUUAUUGAGUUGUACAUUUAACAUUCAUGCACUUUAUGUAUGUUAUACCUUAAUUAAAAGGCUGUUUUGUUUGUAAACAGUUUGCCUUACAGUCUAUUGGAAAGUAAACCACUGUUGUGCUUUGGUUGGUCUGACCCUGUGCUCUCUGCCAGAUGCUGAGGUGAGAGAUGAUGGCAGCCACGGGGAGAACAGCUCUGUUGAUGAAACGUUCUCUUCAAACUUGUGGGGUAGUGUAUCGUCUAUGGCUCUGUGACAGUUAGAAAUCGCAAAAUUCGGUGUAAUGGUCUCUGACACAAAAAUUUCAUUCUGAAUGAAUCUGCCAUCUGUUCUCAUAACACUUUAAUCAUGCAUCAAAUAUUAUUAAAAAAUGCCUUGCAAAGUAGUUUGUGGUUUGUAUUCUUGUGCUUGUACCCACUACUAUGGUAGGAAAGACAAGGACAAAUGUUGAGUCUUACUUUCAUCUGUAUUUCCCUCAGUGCCUAGUAUAUAUAGUGCCUUUCAUUCGGUUGGAACGUACAAUAAAUGCUCAUUGAACUAUU